CAUCCCUUGCUUUUUUGCAGUGUGGUCUGUCUGUUCUCUGCCUGUCCACCAAGUAAAUGAGGAGGUGUUUCGUUAAAUCCAAGCACAGGUACUCGAAUUUCUGUAUGAACGGCUGCCAACGCCACGUUCCACUCGGCUGCAGUCUGCUUGACUUGGACACACACAAGAGUCUGCUUAAUGGAUUACUCCCAUAACUAGGAGUUUCAUCAGGGAAGAUGGAAUUUGAACUCCCAUGACCAACCUUGAAGAGAAAUAACAGAAACUAGACUGCUUAGGGUGCAAUGGAUAAUGAGAGAGUACAUGGAAAUGCCAGCAAAUCCCUGGGAGUGGAAGGCCAGCCACAUGCAUCUUCUCUAUCAAAUCCGCUGAUGAGUGAUUUUGUUUCAGAAUGGUCUCCUUUACAUGAUGCCUCUAUCCAUGGGCGUCUCCUUGCUCUGAAGAAACUCAUCAAUCAGGGGAGCAGUGUUAACCUCAUUACCGCAGAUCGUGUAUCUCCACUCCAUGAGGCCUGCCUAGGGGGCCAUGCUGCUUGUGCCAGUGUCCUAUUAAAACAUGGGGCUCAAGUGAAUGGAGUCACUAUCGAUUGGCACACCCCUUUGUUCAAUGCUUGUAUCAGUGGCAGCGUGGCAUGCCUUGACCUUUUAUUGAAGCAUGGAGCCAGCCCGCAUGCAGCCUGUGAUGUGGCAUCACCCAUCCAUGAAGCUGCUAAGAGGGGUUAUGCUGACUGUAUUGAAUCCCUUGCAUCUCAUGGAGUAAAUAUAGACCACAACAUUGACCAUCUGGGCACUCCGCUUUACAUUGCUUGUGAGAACUGGCAGGUAAACUGUGCCAAGAAGUUACUUGAGUCAGGAGCAAGUGCAAAUCAUGGCAAAGGCACGGACUCCCCUCUCCAUGCAGCUGCCAGGAAUGCCAGUGCUGAGCUGGUGAACUUGCUGAUUGAUUUUGGAGCAGAUGUUCGGGCGAGGAAUGCGGAAGGCAAAAAGCCAGUGGAGCUGGUUCCACCAAACAGUCCCUUAACACAAGUAUUUGUGCAGAAAGAAGCAUUACUUCAUUCUGGCUUAACUCAGAUUCAUUCAACAAACAUCAUGGUUUCCAGCAAUGGCAGCAGGGCCCUUGUCUUUGAUGCAGUUAUGCCGCCUGUGCAUUAGAAGCUGCUUUGGAUAUAAACAACAUCACAAAAUAACUGGACUUCUACUGCCAGAUGAGCUGAAACGUUUUCUCCUCCAUGUUUAAAUGCCUUUUAUUUAAAGCUAUAUCAAUAAAAAUGAGGCAAGGUUUGUCAUGGAAGUAUAUUGUCACCAACUGUUGCAAGUUUACUUGAUGAUUUUCCUCAAGCCUCAACUCCUGGAGAAUUAUACUUGGUUGAGAAGCUUGGCUUUCAUUUUUCUUUUCCAAAAAAGGAGGUAAGUUAUCAUCUCUUAAGGCUGCAGAGGAAAAAAAAAUGAAAAUGUGACCAAGUUCCAAAGCCUUUUAGGAAGCUAAUAAAAUGACAAAACACUCUACCCCCCACAAAAAUGUUACUUUCAUUAUUUUUAAGCCAGUCUCUUGAGUCCUGAUAUAUGGUUUUUGAAUGUGUAUGGAGGGCAAUAGUGCAGUAGGUAAAUAUAGGUGUGUUACUAGUGUAAUGCAAAGAACAUCUGAUUUACUGAAUACUAAAGCCUCGGUUUAAGGAGAAACCAUCUAGGAUGUCUCCACUGGAUAUGAAAGACCUGCUAACUAGCCAAGCAGCUGGGGAGAUUAAGCAUGAGAUAACUGUUCAUGUCUUUGGAGCAAGUAAUUCAGCCACUUUAAAGAUGAAAGAAGAAUUUGCUGAACAUGCCUUUCUUAGACAACCAGUGUAACAAAGACUGCAUCCAUUAUUUUACUAUACGAGUAUUUUUUUAAUUCAGUUUCUAAAUAGGAAACAUGAACGAGUUCUUAAAAGAAUGAAUAUGCUGGAUUUUCAAAGUGCCCAGCACUAAAUAUGGAUGAGCACCAGCCAGCUACGAUCUGUAUAUUCAAGCCAUCAUCUGAAACAGCUAGAGAUUGGCAUUUUUUUCAUUGCACUCUACUAUGUCACUGUUGUUGGUAAGUUCCUGCAGUUGAAUUAUAGUGGGAAAAAUACUUUUAAGCAUCCAUUAAAAACACUUACUGAUAUAUUUUGAGCAUAAGGGUUUCAUCUCAGUAUAAUUUCUCCUUCAAGGAGAGAGUUUUCAAGGACAUGUAACCUCUACUUGACAGGGAGUAAAUAUGCUGUCUCUCUAUGAAUAUUAAUUGAAAUUGCCUAAGGAUUUAUUAUUGGGUCAACAAAAAUAAUGUCUUCAUUUCCUCCCCUACCCCACCAAGAAAAGUUAUAAAAAGGGGACAUUUUAAGGUUGAGAUAAGACUCUGCCUUGAAAAUCAUUCAACUGUUUAGUAAUACGAAUAGCUAACUUUAACCUAGAUUAUUAUAAGGAAUAAUGAAAACCUCUGAAUUAAAAUAGAACCCAGGAAGUUAUUACAGAAUCAAGAUGGAACAAUUAUUACUUUUUCCUUGCCAUCUUCAUAUAAACAAGAAAAUCAGUGUGAUAGUAAUCUGAGUCUGCUUUUUCUCCUGUGGUGUAAUUUAGACAUUGGUCAAACUCAAGAUGACAUUCUGGCUGUACUCAAGCCUCUGCUCCCACAAGUUUACUACAAACUCUUGCCAAAACUAUAAAAUCUAACAGGUAAAAUUCUUUAAGCAUUUAAGAUGUGCUUUUGGGAGAAAAGGCUGAUUAUAAUGCAAUUUGACACUAGUCUCAAUUCGUUUGGACCGCAUCAUAGCUAUAAGGAUAUUUGCGUCUCACAGAGUUAACGGAUUUGAACGAAAACGCGAGAUCUCAAUACCCCAAAUUUGGGGAAGUCUGCAUUGAAAGCUGGAUCCAGAUAUGGUGGUUUGGUCUUAUCACUAACUCUGAACUAUGAUGCUGCUAUAUUGUAUGUAAGCAAUAAAGUAUUAGGUGCAUACUUUUCUGGAAAACUGCCACUGUACCCUGGUGCUAUCAGUAAAGCAUCUAUGUAGAUUCAAGCACAGCAAUUCAGCAAGAUUUAAAGCUUUCGAAAAUAUUUUUUUCCUCCAUCUUUUCAAAUACCUUCCUAGGCUUGAAUUUCCUAUGCAGAAAACUGACUGAUAAUAAUGUACAGAAUAUGGGAUAUCAGAAAAACCUCAGCAUUCAGCAAGAGUGGAAUUAGAAAAUGUUGCAGGGGGUUACACAAAAGCAUGUAAAUGAAGGACUGACAGCUUUUCAAAUACAAGUGCAUAUAUUUUUACAAUGUAGAUGUGAUGUUUUUACAUGGGCUGACUAACUGGGUGUCCAGAUGCUACAUCUGCAUGAUCGUAUGCACCUGUAUGCCAUGUUUAGUACUUGGCUAUGCAGAAUGAACAGUUGCAUCCCUAGUGAAGCUUACAAUUGUGAGCUGUCAAUCUCCUGUGCCUGAGCUUGAUGUCAUGUACACUGAAGACAAUGAGAGUACUUUCAUCUGUUUGGAUGAACUUUGUUCUAAGCCCUAAGCCACCAGAAUUGAAGUCUAAAAAUUCAGUUCUCCAAAACUUUAGGACCAUCAGAAUGAUGCAUUUUUUCAGUCAUUUUGGCAUUUACCUUUAAACUUCUAAAUUUGUAGCCUUAAUAAGCAUGUUUGUAAAUCUAUGCUAAUAUCAUAAGAUGUUUCAAUAUAUCUAAUACUGUAGUGAGGAUGUUUUAGCUCCAUUUUCCUUGGGAGAAGGGGUUGUUUCUUUGUUUGUUUGUUUUUUUAAAUCUCAGUUUGGCUCUGUUUACUUGAAUUUUUUUUAGCUUAUAUAAUUAGGUUGAAGUCUAUGUGCUCACUUUGUCUCACUUCAGUAUGUUUACUCACUUUAAAAUAAUUUGUGAUUGAAGCUGUUCAAUUAGAGUUUUAUGCAUAAGCACUUUUCAAGCUGUAAGCUGUAAAAACUGGAUACAUUGUCAAUUUAGUGAGGCUUGGAGCUUUUAAUGAAUUUGAAGUCAUUCCAAAUCUUACGUGGUGUUUGAAAGUCUGGCAUGAAUAUAUUUUUACAGAUUCUAUGCUGUUAUUUUGUGGAAAAAUUUUACUUCAGCAGCCUAACAAAGUGUUCAACCCAAGGUUGCAUAUUCUGUUUGGUCAAAAUAUAUUGUUUAUACUCUG